AUGUAUUAUACGCUUUGAUAUAGCCAAGCUCCAAAGCCUCCUCCGAAGCCUUGGCUCACAACAUGUUCUGGUAGUGUCCCUAAACCACAUACAUCGCCGGUAAUCUCCUAACGGCACAGCCUCCUCCGGUGCUCGGUGGACCAGAUGAGCAUAGCGGCACACUGAAGCGAAGAAGGCAGCACCCUCAUAUCCCCUGGGACUCAUGGCCGAGACAGCUAUUAACGCCGUUCUUAGGAACUUGGGAAAUCUUGCUGUUCAGGAGAGCAGUUUCUUAGGUGGGGUCACACUUGAAGUGGCCUUCUUGAAAGAUGAGCUGAUGCGGCUGCAGGGCUACCUCAAAGACGCCGAGACAAAACGGAGAUCUGGAAAUGCAACAGUUGCUAUCUUAAUGAGUCAAAUCAGGGAUGCUGCUUAUGAGGCUUAGAAUGUUAUCGAAGCUGCAGAUUACAUGAAGAAAAGAAAUAACAUAAAAAAGGGUUUCAUGGGUGCAAUUUCAAGGUACGCUCACUUACCGAGUGAUUUGACUACCCUUCAUAAAGUUGGUGUUGAAAUUCAGCGUGUGAGAAGGAAGCUUAGUGAGAUAUUCCAGAGCGUAGGACGCUUGAACAUUGACUUGGAUAAUAAUGUUGUCGAUGAGUCCCUACAAGAUUAUGGUCUUAGACACCAAGCCUUCAAGGAUGAUGUUGUCAUGGUUGGUUUCGAGAACGAGUACAAAGAAAUAGUGGAUAAAUUAAUUGAGGGAGAAAAUAUGCUUAGUGUUGUCUCCAUAGUUGCCAUGGGCGGGGCAGGAAAAACAACACUUGCUAGAAAAGUAUACACUUCAUCUGGCGUGAAACAACACUUUGAGUCACUUGUUUGGGUGACUGUAUCUCAAAAGUUCAAGGUCAUUGAUUUACUAAAGGAGAUUUUGAAGCAAAUACUGAGUGAUGGAGACCAGUCUAUAAAAAUUGAUGAGAUGAAUGAGUAUGAGGUGGGAAAGAAGAUCCAUGAUAUCCUCAUCAAGAAAAGAUACUUGGUAGUUCUUGAUGAUGUGUGGGAAACAGACACAUGGGAACAAAUAAAUAGAACUAUUAAGGCCUUUCCGGAUACAUCUAACAGUAGUAGAUUACUUCUAACCACAAGAAAAGAAGAUGUUGCAAUACAUGUCGAAAUGCAAACCCAUGUACAUGCUUUGAGGAGUUUAGAUGAAGAGAAAAGUUGGCUACUUUUUAGUAGCAAAGCUUUACCUUCAUACAGAAUAUCAGGCAUACGUGAUCUGUAUAAAUAUGAAGAACUGGGAAGAAAGCUUACAAGGAAAUGUGAUGGAUUACCACUUGCACUUGCAGUUUUAGGGGGGUACCUAUCAAAGAAUCUCAACACACAAGCAUGGUCCGAUGUGCUACUGUGUUGGCCAUCAACCAAGGACAUACAGAUGAUGCGAGGCAUAAUAGCUCGCAGUUACAAGGACCUACCAAAUCAUUAUUUAAGAUCAUGUGUGCUCUCUCUUGCUGCUUUUCCUGAGGAUUACAUAAUAUCUGUGUGGACUCUUAUUAAUCUAUGGAUAGCAGAAGGCUUGAUUCCACAUACACCUAAGCACACUGUAGAAAAAACAGCUCGUACAUAUGUAAGUGAGUUGGCUCAAAGAAGUUUUGUGCAAGUUGUUCAAACAAGCAUUAUACAUGAAUGUGCUGAGGAAAUAAGGAUUCAUGAUAUUAUACGUGACUGGUGCAUAGAAGAGGCAACGAAAGAUGGUUUCCUUGAUGUAAUCGAUGAAACUACUAGUGGACAAGUUGGUGCAUCAUCAUCUCAUAACCAGAUAUUCUAUCGUUCUUCUGUCCAAAACUUGAGUGGGCAGAUCUUGCAGGCAUCACCUAAUCUCAGAGCUUUGUUUGGCUUUGGACUUUCAUCAGUAUCUUUACCUGAGCUAAGGUUCCUAAGAGUUCUUCAUGUCGAGAACUCGAUCCUAGAGAAUUUCCGCGAGGUAAUUGGUGGGUGCAUUCACCUUCGAGACCUGAGGUUGAGACGAUGUGGAACCAUGAUGCUUCCUUCUUCAAUCAUGAAACUCCUUUAUCUGCAAACUAUAGAUGUACCAGGUUCAUAUUUACCAGGCUCCGUCUGGGAUAUACCUACUCUAAGAUAUGUACAUCUUGCUAGUACUUUUCUGCCAAGAAAUGUGCAAAUUCCACAAACCUUACGGGAGCUCCGUAUGUCGGCUAUUCAUGAGGAACAUAGAAAAGACCCGAUGCCGAUCCUGGAAAUGCUUCCUUGUCUUGUGGUGCUGGAGUUGCGUUUUUAUGAUCCCAGUACAAUGACCUUUGGUGCCCAAGGGUUCCCUUGUCUGCAAGAGUUGCGACUUGACAGAUGUACCUUUAACAAGUGGAUGAUGGAGGUUGGGACAAUGCCAAAGCUAUCCCACCUGUCAUUUACACGUUGCUCGCAUGGUGAAGGAAUCCCUGAUGGAUUACUGCACCUUCCAUCCCUGUCAUUUACACGUUGCUGGCAUGGUGUAGGAAUCCCUGAUGGAUUACUGCACCUUCCAUCCCUCAAGCUCGUGUUAGUGGAUAAUUUAGAAGAUUAUUUGAAUGACAGCACGCUGGAUGGUCUGAGACACAAAGGAUGCAAGAUCAUAGGGCGUCACGAUAUUCUCCCUGCAAGAGAAGAAGAAUAGUACUGUACUAGUUAUGAAGGCACUAUGGUCCUAUGGUCUGCAUGUCUAUCAUGUGGCCUUUCAGCGUACGCCUGUUCCUCUCAGUUUGGCUGAACCAAAGUGUGAUCGUUGAGGGUUUUUUUUUUCUUGCGAAUGAAUGUCUAUCAUGUUGAGUAUUUUGUUUUAAAUUGUCUGUACUGUUCCUGGAUUGGGAUUAUCACAAACAAGCCAUAUGCAUUGUACAAUAAUCAGCUCAUGUUGUUCAGUCUUAUUUGGGCACAGUUAAUGAGCAAUCACUUCCGCAACAAA